UUCAGCAGGAGAUUUAUUCCACAGACUGAUUCCGAGGUUAAAUAUAUCUAUUUCUUCCUUUUACUUCCACAUGUGCAGAUUUCACGUGAUUUACGGGAAAAUUACUGCAAUGGAAAUCUGAACACCUGAUAAAGGGAUUCGCCCUAAACUGAUUACGUGUCCUCCUCUCUUUAACUUGUGUUCAUAUUGGAACGUACGCUUUUGUUUGUAAUCUGAAUGCAUCCCAAGGUGAACGUUGGAUGUUAAGUGCUCAGGUAUACUGACACCAGUCUUUCUACAGGUAAGCGAGAGAGGUCUGUCCCUACCGUGGCACAGAGUGAAUAUCCGAAACUGAAGCAAUGGAUUCUGUGCCUGAAGGUUCUGUCAUGAGCCAAUUUGAUAGUUCAGAGAAUGUUCUGAAUGUAAAGCUGAGUGUACUCGAACCCAGAAGAGUGGUCGAGGUCUACGUCAAACGCAGUAUAACUCUAGCAGCAGCUGAUGCCAAAAUGAAGAAAAUGAAGUGGAGAUCUCUUCCAGAAAAUGCUUCAUCAAGAAACAUGAAAUGCAAGGGGGGAUCUGGCCUGAGUCGCCGAGGGAAAAAUCGCAGGGCUCAAGGAAGACAACAGAAUGAGCGAGAGAACCAAAACCAUGGAGAUAAGGUGGUGCCUUCAGGCAGCAACUCUUCAAAUGUUGACUCGUGUGUGGAGAAAGCACAAAGCAAGGGCAAGAGUAAUGAAGGGAGUAAAAGGGAAAAAAUUCUAACAUUCUUUGGAAGAGUUGCUAAUUUCCUGUGGAGGAGGAAAGAUGAUGAGAAGAAAGAUGAUGGGCAAAAUGAAGUGAAGGAAGCUGGCCCUCAUCAGGCAGAAAACCCUCCAGAAUGCAACGGACAGCAGCACUUUGCUAACAAGGAGGAGCCACCUGGAGAGAUGUCCCCCAGUCACAAGCUCAGGAAGAAGAGUAGCCGGUGGAGACUUUUCUCUUUAAAGAAAAAUAAUUCUAAAGUUAAAGACAUUGGAUCUGAAUCCAGUAAGCAUACAGAGGUGCAACCCAAUGUGCAGGAUCCCAAAGAUGGCUGCAAGCUAGGGCAUAAAGAACCAGAACAAGUUUCUGAAGAUCCAUCUGAUCAAGUGUCCGAGGAUGACAAGCGGACUUUGGAGUCCAAUAAGGAAAAGGAACACGUUUCUGAAGAUCCAUCUGAUCAAGUGUCUGAAGACGUCAAGCGGACUUUGGAGUCCAAUAAGGAAAAGGAACACGUUUCUGAGGAUCCAUCUGAUCAAGUGUCUGAGGAUGUCAAGCAGACUUUGGAGUCCAAUGAGGAAAAUGACGAUAAGCAAAAAGACAAGACAACAGAAGUAUUAGAAGCACAGAGCUUGGAUGUGUCUGAACAAGACACUGAGUAUCUAUAUGAGCAGGUGUCUGAGGAAGUCGAGUGGAUUGUGCGGACUUUGGAGUCCAGUGAAGAAAAUAUAGAGAAACGAAAAAGUAGGGCAGCAGAAUUAUUAGAAGCACAUAACUUGGAUGAGUCUGAUGAUGGCACUUGGAAAGUCAUCCAAUUACUUCAAAUUAUUGGUGAUGGUGUUGAAUUACAGCUCCAAGACAAUUCGCAACUCUCCACGUUCUUCACAAACAUUAGCUACAAUGCAUUCAAGGAACUGGCAGACCAAUACAUCCACGAAGAGGUAAAGAACACGGGACAGGAGGAGAACAUGGAGAUUAUGCAGCUGGCUUUUACACUUGAUUUUACUGCAAAGGUUGCAGGGACCUGCAUCCAUCAGAUCAAGCGGAUCACAGGCUUUGGGAGCCAGUACCUCCAAGAUACGUGUUGGAAUAUACUCGGUUUCAGUGACCAGCAAGAAACAGUCUAGACUGAAGAUGGAGGCUGACUGGACAACUACUUCUGCUUUACUUCCUGGAGGAUCUGCUAUUUCCUGAAUCAGGGGAGGGGUGCAGUCUGAGCAGUACAAGAGCACAAACUGCCAGGUCCACAGCAGUUCCAUGUGACAGACAAGACACCCACACCAUAGCUCCAGGUUCUGCUGGUUUUCUGCUCUGAGAAUGAUUGUUUUGUUUAGUUCUGGUUUGGAAUAGUUAGGCACCCCUGCACCCAGCUGCCGAGACAAUCGCAUGAGUUGAGUUGUAGAAUGGAGACAGUUCUGUGGUGCUAUCUCCGAUCUCAACAUCCAGUCUUUAAACAUUAUCCGACAGUGGCCAUGGCUAAUUGACCACUUUCUCAAGGUAGUGUCUGAACAUUCCUGUUUUGCAGAGAGUUUGGGUGGCACAGUGGUAGAGGUGUUGCCUUAUGACGCCAGAGACCUGGGUUCGAUCCUGACUCCGGGUUCUGUCCGUACGGAGUUUGUAUGUUCUUCCUGU